UUCAGUAAAGAUGUACCCUCAUUAUGUUAUAUCACAUCAUAGUUGGUAAGAAAGAAGUACGUUGCUACUUGAAAUGCUAAGCAUCAUCAUGAACUUGACCCUUGUUGUGACUUUAAUAUUUAAUGUUUAUUAAACCUUUUUUGUUGUUGAAAGUUUGGAAGAACAUAUUUGAAUGAUUGUAAUUCAUUCUAUUUCACGACAUUAGUUAUAAAACAUGAUAAUGGUAGUUGUGUCGUGGUUUCUUUUUAUCUAAUUAAACAUUAAGUUAUCUUUUAGUAUAAUAGUAACGUAUUUCAUGUCUGCGAGGAUAUGAACUGUCCGCUUUUUAUUUUCGUGUAUAUACACAAACAUACCUACGUUCUCUUUAACAAGAAAAUAAAAGUGAAGCUAUUUAAUCAGCACCUAAUUGUUGUGGGAAGUUCAUAGAAAAAUAUGUUAUAAGUACUGAAAACAAGUGAGCCUAGAUUGUAAGGUGUUACGCAUAGGUGGUGAUUUAACACCAAUAAAUUACUCCGUAAUUCAUAACUGAUUGCCCUUAAUAAGCCGGCGUGCAAGUAAUUUUAAUUCACUGAAGAAUUUCUUAUAAACGUCACACAUUACUGCGCCUUGUGCCUUGAAGCCGCGGGACAUAGAAAUGGAGCUGAAAAUUAACGUCAAUGAGGAGAAAAAAUACAAGGGUUUUAAUGAAACCUUCAAGCUGUGCGCUUUCUCUCUCGCCUUUGCUUUCCUCUACCCAAACAGAACCACAGCUCUCAAGAGAUGCAUCACGAUCACUCUGAUCGUCACUUUCUGCGGCGGUCAGUUGUUUUGGUUCAUCACCUACACCUUCAAAUGCCUCUACACUUUGGACAUCUACAACUUUGCUAGAAACAUGACAUUGGCUGUUGUUCUCGUACUUUUCUUCAUAAAAACAUAUUACGUAAUUUACGCUACGAGCAAGUUUGCGCCGUUGCUGGACAAAAUAUCAGAGGAUCUUCUGGUAGCCAAUGAUUUAGAGGAAGAAUACCAAAAACUAUACGAUGAGCAUAUCAAAAUCGCAAAAGUUGGUGAGAUUUCCUGGUUGCUUAUACCGACGAUCAUGAGCGCUUUGUUUCCUAUAUAUGCUGGAUGCUUGAUGAGCAUAGAGAGUAUUCAGACGGACGACUAUGAGAGGCGCAUGGUGCACGACAUGGAGCUGCUCUUUGUGGAAGACAUCCAGAGCGAAACGCCCUUCUUUCAAUGCAUGUUUGCGUACAAUUGCGUGCAAUGUGUUGUUCUGGUACCCAACUACUGCGGAUUCGACGGUUCGUUCUGUAUAGCGACAACUCAUCUGCGACUCAAGUUAAAACUGAUGGUCCUUAAAAUGGACAACGCUUUUAAACACUCAAAGAGCCGUCAAGAAUUGAGAACGAGAAUGUAUGAAGCGAUUAAAGAUCACCAGGAUGCGUUGGAUUUUUACGUUCAGCUGCAAAAUGUGUACGGCCCUUGGCUGUUCGCUGUAUUUCUAUUGACGUCCUUUAUGAUAUCGUUUAACUUGUACCAAAUUUAUCUACUUCAAAGAAUUGAUCCAAAAUACACAUCGUUCGGAGUGGUUGGAGUACUUCACAUCUACUUGCCAUGUCACUACGCAAGCAACUUGACGGCGAUCAGUGAAGAAAUUCCAGACGACCUUUACUUAGUUAAAUGGGAAUCCUGGGCAGACCCAGUAGCGACUAAGCUUCUUAUAUUCAUGAUUGCAAGAGCACAAAAGCAACUGAUCGUUACCGGCAUGGGGCUGGUUGUGUUCAACAUGGAGCUCUUCAAAUCAAUCCUGCAAACAUCUUACUCUUUCUUUACUCUUAUAACAGCUUAGAUACGCAGAAGAAAAAACUUUUUUUUAUAUAUUGGCACAUAUUUUACUGAUUGUUUGUUCACUCGGCUGCUGACGUAAGGCGUUGUGGAAUCAUAUCUUGCUUUCACAACAAAUAGUCCUGCUCUAAAACUUCAGCAUUAAGAUACUAAUAUAUCAUUUUAUCUCGUCUAUUCUUCUUCUUUUCUCUCUCAUAUUUUUAUCUCUUUCAUGUUCUCUAUUAUCUACCUUAAAAGCUUUUUUUCGCACAUAAUUCCUGUUACAAAAACACACACAUUCACGAUGAAUAAAUUUUAGAACUAUAAUAAACCCCUUUUUUGUUUUAUUCACUUUUGUGUAGUAAUUAAACAUCGAUGACAGCCAUAAUGGUCGUAAA